AUGGCUGAGCAGAGCAGGGGAGUUGCUCACUUCAAGCUUCAAGCUUGCUUGCUGCUGGUGCUGGGGCAGUGGGCACUGAAGACUGUGGCCACAUCGUGCCAGCAUGGAGAGCUGAGAGCCAUCAGCAAGGAUGAAGAGAAAUGCUGCCCCAAAUGCAGCUCAGGCACAGGAAACCACAGCCCAUGUCCAGACAUCAAGGACCACGACUGCAAAUGCAGCCAGGGGUACAGCUGUGCUGACAGAGCCUGCUUCUACUGCCUGGAGCUGCCUGAUUGUGAAGAGGGAGAGGAGCUGGACAGGCUUGGCACUGUGGACUUCACCUUCCAAUGCAAACCCUGUGAGAGUGGAACCUACUCCAACGUGAAGAACAAUUGGUGCCGCAACUGGACUGACUGUGAAAGUUCUGGGUUUCUAACAAUCAAGCAAGGCAACAGGACACACAAUGCAGUCUGUGGUCUGCCUCCUAAAGACCCUGAGCCAGCUCCUGGGAAAAGUCCCUCUCUCUACACCACCAUCCUGGCCAUCCUCAUUGCUGUGGCUCUCUUUGUGCUCAUCCUGCUGACCUUCCACUUGCAUUUCUGCAUCUGGUCCAUGAAUAAAGAGAAAUACUCCAUAGCUGAGAAUCUGGAACCUGACUUCCCAAGGCACCUGCUGCCUCCACAGCCAUCACACUACAGAGAGGAAACUUCCAGCUGCCAGUUUCCAGAAGAAGAACAUGGAGACAAAACAGCAGAAGAAAAGCUCUGCCCUUUCCACCUCCCAUGA